AUCUUAAUUAACAAAUCUUCAAAUCAUGGGUCUUUUCUCUUGGUUCAGAGGCAGUCCUAAACAGCAUACCCAACCCGUGUCGAAGCCGACGGAAUCGACUUCCAAUCCAAAACCAGUUCCGGGAAUGAACGGCGCGGUGGAGGUGCCCAUACGCGGGAGUGUGACAGUGUUCGAGUUUGGAACCGCCGAGGCCGCAACCAUGGUUGGGUACUGCCCGGUGUCGGAAGAACUGGAACCUUGUCGGUGGGGUAUUCUGCCGGCCAGUGGAUCCAAUGCUCCGCAGUUUCGCGUUAUCUUUUGAGUGUGGAAAUAAUUAUGAAAGUGUACUCCUUUUAUCUUUUUAUGAAUGAAAAAAGCAUGAACUUGCUUCAAUUUUGUGUUUUGAUUUUCUUGCAUUUUAUUUAAAAAGCAAAUUAAGCUGCUACUUCUUCUGCUACAUCCAUUAUCUUCUCGAAUUCAACUUCCUCUACCGCAAAUUCGUCGUCUUCACUUGCUGUUGCUGCUUCAUCUCCCAAUGUCUUCUCCUGCUUGUGUAACUGUUUCCUCUCCGAGACCCUUCUGUUCCAUUCUUGCUUAUCCAUCUCAAAUCUUAGGCUGUAUACUUUUUUAGGUUUUUGUUUAUGUCCUUCUCUUUCUCUGCACUCAGCAAUGAUGGGGUGAUGCUGGCCUAGGAUGCCAGGGAAACUCCAUGAAUAAUUGAGACUUCUUAGUUCUUACUCAAAUCAUCCCAGUUAGGGAAGAACUAAAAAGACAAUGAGCGUCUUUGGGGUUGAGAUGUUGUUUUGGAAUAUACCUGCCAGAGAUGAUCCAUUGAUAUCUCGUAGAGUAGUCUGCAGUAGAAGGACCAUACAUUAAACCCAUUGUCUAUUCCAUUUACUGAUGUAGCUGAAGUCACAACAUAUCUUCCUGUACGAUCUCACUUAAUAUUUGAUACCAUAUAAUGCUCAGCCAUUGAUGUGGUGUUCUGCAGCUCAUACGCAUCAUAACAUUCCAGUUGUCCAUUGAAGCCGGAUGAUCUUGCAAAGAUUGUGAAACAUCUGGCAGGUGACCAGUGAAGAGCACUAACUUCUCUGCCUUCAGUGGUUGUCAGCUUGCAAAGAUUGUUCCCUAAGGAGUAGAUGCUGAUAUCAAGUCUCCGCUCAUCUCCAUGGAUAACGGAAAACUUACGUCCUUUUGGUUCCCAAGCAAAUGACAUGAUCUUUGUUAGUCUUGUUAUCCAGCUCCAAAGUGUCCACAGGAAUGUCUUGCUUUCUCACACACAAAAUGUCCAACCGAGAAGUGUUUC